CCAGAUCUUUGUUAAAGGUGAAUUAGAAAUAACCUGCAUGCUUUACACGAACAUAAGAUAAGUGGCCUGAUUCUGAUAUUUCUUUAUACACUAAUUAGGCCCUGGGUUCCAAAGUCCCUGCAACUAACAAACAUUUUACUCCAAUUAUUUCAAUUUCAUUUGACUAUUAAAUAAACAGAAGGUACUUCCCGGUUUCACGCUAGUGUAAAUAUUUUCAGGAUUGCGAAGGCUGUAUUUUAGCCUAUUUCCAGAUGUUGUGUUUGGAAAUGUCUUCAGUUUGUUGUAGAAGCAAAAAGGGAAUCAUCUGAUAUUUUGGAUACAAUGUGGGGAGGGGAGGAGUGAAACCUGAAAAUCAAUUCAAAUGCAAGAACACGUGCAACUGGACUAGGCCGUUUACAGUGGCAUGCUAAUUCCACUGCCAAUUGCCAGGUUUCCUAAAAGGGGUUGUAGCUGAUGUUUUCUAAUGUGCAGGCAGUUAAACACUUAUUUUGUCACUUUAUCUCAUUGUCUCAGACAGAAAAAUGAAAACCCACCCAGCCAUCGUUUUCCUCCUCCUCUUUGUGAUCAGCUAUGGCUCUUCUGAAAACUCGAGUACAUCUAGAGGAUGUGGACUGGAUCUUCUCCCCCAGUACAUUUACCUGUGUGACCUGGAUGCUAUCUGGGGAAUAGUAGUGGAAGCCGUUGCUGGAGCGGGAGUGCUGACAACACUGCUGCUGAUGCUGAUUUUACUAGUGAGGUUGCCAUUCAUCAAGGACAAAGAGAAGAAAAGCCCACUGGGAAUGCAUUUCCUCUUUCUUUUUGGGACUCUAGGACUGUUUGGGCUGACGUUUGCAUUCAUCAUACAAGAAGAUGAAACAUUAUGUUCCAUCCGAAGGUUUCUGUGGGGAGUUAUCUUUGCCUUGUGCUUCUCAUGCUUGCUAGCUCAAGCCUGGAGACUACGUAGGCUAGUUCGACAUGGUAAAAGUCCAUCUGGCUGGCAUCUGGCUGGCAUGGCAAUCUGUCUGAUGCUGGUCCAAGUCAUUAUUGCAACGGAGUGGCUGAUACUGACAAUUGUGAGAGACAAGAAAUUGGCCUGCAGUUAUGAGCCAAUGGAUUUUGUUAUGGCUUUGAUUUAUGUUAUGUUCUUGAUGGUGGUAGCCAUGGGCUUGUCUCUCUUCACUCUGUGUGGAAAAUUUAAGAAGUGGAAGAAAAAUGGAGUAUGCCUCAUUAUAACAGUUUUUUUCUCAAUUCUAAUUUGGGUAGCUUGGAUGACUAUGUACCUGUUUGGUAAUAUUGAACUGAAGAGAAAAGACAAAUGGAGUGAUCCCACUCUUGCAAUUGCACUGGUGUCUAGUGGUUGGGUGUUUGUUAUUUUUCACGCUAUCCCAGAAGUUCACUGCACCAUUCUUCCAUCACAGCAAGAAAACACACCCAACUAUUUUGAUACUUCACAACCAAGAAUGCGGGAGACUGCUUUUGAGGAAGAUAUGCAACUUCCUCGAAGCUACAUGGAAAAUAAAGCCUUUUCAAUGGAUGAACAUAAUGCAGCUUUAAGAACAGCAGGAUUUCGCAAUGGCAGUCUGGGCAGCCGACCGAGCGCUCCCUUUAGAAGCAAUGUUUAUCAGCCAACUGAGAUGGCAGUUGUGCUGAACGGUGGGACUAUACCAACUGCUCCGCCAAGUUACACUGGAAGACACCUCUGGUGAAAGCUAUGGGUUCUAGAGAAUAAGAGUCAUUGUUACAGAUUUUGUUCCCUGGCAGUGUGUUUUUCUGAGGGAGGAAUCAAAAAUGCCAGAACAAAGCAACAAAAGAUCCAGGAGCUGAAAUCCUAGAGAGGAUUUUAUGUAAAUGUGAACACUAUUGAACUGAAGCUAAUCAUAAAAAUACAACUCUGCAAAAUUCAAGCUGAAUCUAAUUUGAAGUAGAACUAGGCACACUUUAAAAUGGAAGAGGGGAUACUGCAUUCAGAAAUGUAAGAUAUAGUCUCUCUGUAACUAGUGUGCGACGCAAGCCUGAUUUUUACUGCUUGCCAGUUGCUUGCAAAAAAACCCCCUCCUCUCUUUCCUAAACUUAAUCCAUAUUGCCACAAGAGAUUGCCACUACAGCGUGAAAACAUACAGGCUUUCUUUCUACUUUGUUGAUUUUUUUUUUCUUCAUUUCAAAUGUCUCAUGAAAAACUUUCUUGUUUGCUCCGUUAUCCAUUUCUGAUGUAAAUGUCCUUGUGAAUGUCAUGUAGAGUUGAGCAUUGCUGGUCUGUGGCAACAAAGUGACCACCACUCUCAACAAUGAUAUGCUUUUAUUCUUUAAAAGGAUCAUGAAUCAAAUUUGGUGCUGGACAGAUGGAAGGGCUGUGGCACGUUUUGUGCAACUGUGUAAAGCCCCUGAAUGCUAGAGAAGGAAGGUAGUGGUCCAAGAUAGAGUUAGAUCUUCUCAGUCAUGUGGAAUCGGAAAUUGAUGGUCAAGAUACCCUGUUGUUGCAGUCUCACCCCAGAGUACAGGCAAAGAACCACAUGUUCUCAGACUCUUAAUUUUGUACAAAUGUACAUGUGGGGCCACUGUAUGAAACAAUGCAGAGACCUGCUUCUGCAGGGAAUAAGGCUUGGGUUUGCCAAGGAGUCCCAAGAGAUGAAAGAGUAAAGGAAACCACCUGUACGACAGAGAUCUUAUGGGCUGAUCCUUAAAACGUUGAGCAAAACACCUCAGUAGCAGCUGAAGGAUACAGCUCUCCUUCCAGGAGGUACUUGGUAGCUUCAGGGAUUGGACCUUCUGUUUCUAGAGGUGGGCCUGGUCUUGCAAUCCCUACUCACAUGAGUAGCCCCACGGACUGCAAUUUUUAGUGCACUUCAGUGUGUAGGUAGCAGCAUCUCCAUGCAGGAGGUCAUGGUGUUUUUAUUUUAACUAUUUUAUUUGAGGAGCUUACAUAAGGCAGACACUGUCAAAAGGUUAGAGGUUAUCUAACCAGGUUCUCAUUGCCCAUUUUUCGUGCCAUGGCCUUCAUUACUUUUAAGCAAAUCAUUCCUUUAUUACUUAGCAUAUAAUACAUAUCAAACAUUGUAAGCAUCAUUGAAUUCACUGUUUGGCCAAUGUUACUCUUAGUUUUCCUAGAUAAUAAAAGCAAACUGUUUUUACAGGAGGGUAUAUGAAAGUGUAUAAGGAUGAAAUUUUGCAUAUGCUGUAAUAAAAUAUAUAUUUUCAAAUAAAAAGUAUAAAUGUAGAAAGGAAACUGAACACCUGAAUAGCUUUACAGGAAAAAGCUCCUUGCUAUAUACUGCAAAAGAUAAGCUGUUUAUUUUUUUAAAAAAAAAGUCUUCCUGGUUUGUCAUGUACCUCCAGUUCUAAUAUAAGAGAAUAUAAUCCUGUAGACUUGUAUUCAAAUGAGUAGGUCCAUUGACAUCAGUACGUCUACCUACAAGUGCAAGGGCUGCAGGAUCAGGACCUUAGUGCUGCACGUAAAUAUACCAGUAUCUGUGUGCAUGUGUGUGUGUGUGUGUGUGUGUGUGUAUAUAUAUAUAUAUAUAUAUGUGCAUACAUGCACACACACACACAUAUAUAUAUACACACACACACACACACACACACAGUCACCAUUCUUGCCAUGAUCAUCUUAUAGGGGUUUAUUCCUAAAAGCCUUCUCUCUGAGAAGCUAUAUUUUUCUGUCAUGCAUGAUUAAAGGAGCAUGUUAGCUCCAUGUCAGAUGUUCCCCCCUGGAGCCAAAGGAAGCAUGUGCUUGUUUGAAUUUAAACAACAAAGAUUGUUUCCCCCCCCCCCUUCUUUUUUUAGGUAACUGCAGCUGAGUAAACUGGGGUUGAUAUUGCAUGUUGUCCAGUAAUUUAGCCAUGCAGUUACCUGUUAAAACAAAGUCUUGAUCAAAUAAAAUGAUAUUAGUGAUCCUGAUUAUUAAACCAGAGACUGAAUCACUGGGAGCCAUAUAAACACUCCUAAUAAUGGCUUGCCAACAAAAGUUUCAUUAAAAAACCUGGUUAAAAUAUAUAAUUGUGUAUUAUCAAAAUGUGUAAGAUGACCAUGGCAUAUAUGGUAGGACAGGUUUCUUUUAACAGAUUUAUCAGUGCUACAACUGAGAAUUAUGAAUUAAGUACAACACAGAUUUUAUAGACUUCGGGCAAAUUCUUCACAAGAUACAGAGAUCCUAGAAAUGUUAAUGUACUUUAUGUUUCCUAGAUGUGAAAAGAUUGACAAAUUAAGGUCCCAGGUCUACUCCUAACAAAGUCAAUAGGAGUGGGAAGUCCCUAAGCAAAACCAGGGCCAGAUCCUGUAAAUCUUAACUGACAUGACUACUUUUAUAGGGUAAUCAUGUAAAUGAGUAUAAUUCACAUCAGUGAGGAUUUGCAGAACUGGACCUGCAAUUUGUGGUGGUGGAGGUGUAGUAAUAGGUUAGAGGAUGGGAUGUAUUUUCCAGCUUCACAUAACUAGUAAUAAAUGACUUAUGUUUGUCAAUUGGUAGUCUGUGGUGUAAUAUGCCCCAAAUAAUGUGUGAUUGAGAAAAAAAGGCACCUUUGUGUUAACUUAUAUUUUUAUUAAUGUAAACAUACUGUUUAUGUUUGCCUUUUUUGAAAGUUACCUAGAAUGUAGAGCAUCUGUGAUCAAAAUACUAAAUAAUUGUAAGCACAAGACUUUCAGAUUUCAGUAUAAUGAGCUUUUAUAGUGUAAAAAGCUACUAUGUUGUCCCUUUAAAAAUAAUAAUGGUUAUUUCCUUCUCACAUAUUAUCUGUAUAGGAAAAUGAAAUCCUAAAACGUUUUAAAACUUUGUUAUAAAAAAAAGCUUUCUAUAAUAAGUGGCUUUGUUCAAUGGCAAGAGAAGAGUAUAGAGCAGAGGUUGGGAACCUGUGGGCCAGACUGACCCAAUUUGGGUCAGACGUAGACAGGUGGACACUAUGAUCCAGCUCCCACCAUCGCUUUUCCCUGCAGUAGCACAGGGAGAGCUAUUGCUGCCAAAUCAAAUGGCUCCACAGGCCAUAGGCUGCCAGCCCCUGUUAUAGAGCCAUACAUUAAGGGUCCAAUCCUGAUUAAUGGGAGUCAAGGGUGCACAGCACCUCCCAGAUGUAGAGCAUCUUGCAGGAUGGAACCCUAAAUACACACAAGGUACACUAACUAUUAUAGAACUGGCUAUUUCUGUAUUUAGUAUUGCGCAGGCAUCUUGAUUGGCUGUUUGAGCUUGAUGCCUUGGGUUUAACUAAAGGCUGUGUAAAGGGGAGCAUUGUAGCUUUUAUUAUAAAACAACUGGACUAUUCUACCAGCUUACAGGAUUACAAAGCAGGUGCUUUUUAUUAACUGAUGAGAGCGAAGGCUCAUUUUUGAUAGAUAAUAUAUAUAUAUAUUUAUUAAAUGUAUUAAUGUGUUUUAUAACGUACCCUUUUUUCCGCUGACUGUUGCAGACUGGUAUCGUAUUAAGUACAUCUUUAAAAGGAUUUUCAAGACAAUCAACAUGUACCAUAAUGACUGUACAUAAGUAUACAAAAUUAAAAAGGUUGUAAAGCAUGGGCAAAUGUUUUAUUUUCAAAAUGCUGUUCUUAACAAAAAUAAAAGCUUUACUAUUUA